AUCCGAGCCAGGGAGCCGUCGCUGCACGCCGCGCUCAGCGCCCACCCGCCGACAUUCCCGCCACCGUACCAUGCCUCGCCAGCAUCCACAGAAUGCGAAUCUUCGAAAGACACACCGAGUUACGAACAAGACCCGCCUGAAGAUCGACCGCGAUGAGGUCGAUCCCGAUUUCUUCAUCCCGGACGAAGAGGAGGAGAAAAAUCGGCUUGCCCAGCAGACCGCCGGCGUCGACGCUGAAGACUCGAGGGAGCACCACCUACAAGCCGUCCUCAAUGCCGCCAGCUCUCGUGCCACUGGCCGCGGUCGCACAACUACCGCCCAGGUCUUCAUUCCCAUUCCCGACAACACUGGCCUCGUCAGCAACUACGAGGAGCUCUACCCACCUAACAAGUGGAAGGACCCCAUCACCAAGCUUGCCACCUCCACCACCGUCGAAGAGGCCAUUAAUGACUCCAUUGUUGACGGCUUCACCUACUACCUUGACGAGCGCGACAAGGAAUGGCUCGACCGUAACAACGAGGAGGCGCGCGGCGAGGGGACGAGUGCCCAGGGCGCCAUCUCUAGCCGCAAUGCCCCUCGCAGCGCGAAGGGGAAGGGCAAGGAGCCCGAUCACCCGCAGCCAGUCCUCAUCAACGAGGAUGAGUUCGAGCUUGUCAUGGGCGUCUUCGAGAAGGCCACCCACGACAAGACGCCGUACCUUCACCUCGGCGGCGUGCCCUUCCCUCCCUUCUCUGACUACGUCGAUGUAUUCUCCAACCCCCUACCUCCUUCUUAUUUCGAGUCGUACCAAGUUCCUAAAUGGAUCCCCUCUCCACCUAAUCUACUCAAGAUGGCCCGUGCCGUCUAUCCUCACUGGAGGCAACGCCGCGAGGAGCGCGGCGGCCACCGCAUUAUACCCGUUUUGAACUACGACGAGUCCGACACAGCGAACGAGUCGUAUGUCUGCUUCCGCAGGCGCGAGCUCAAGACAGUCCGCAAGACGCGCGGCGCCCAGGCUUCGCCCUCCGAGAAGCUCUCCCGCCUCAAGCAGGACUUCUCCCACCCUCUUCAGCUCGCGCGCCUCGUCCUGCAGCGCGAGCAGCACAAGCGCGACCAGGCCAGGGUUGCGCAGAACCUGUUCGCCCAGCGCGUGCAACUUAUCGACCUCAAGCGCAAGUUCUCCGCGCUCAACGAGGACGACAGCGCGUACCUGGUUGACCGCGAGCCGCCCGCGAAGCAGCGCAACACUGGGGAUGUGCAGAUCAUGCGCCAACCUCUCAAGAUGCGCUCGGUGCAGGACCCUGGUCAACCCACAGUCCGCCGUCCCGAGCUGCCGCCUGCGCCCAAGCCGCGCGAUCGAUUCGAGGGCAUCUUCGACAGCAUUGAGAAGGAGCUUACUCGUCAGCAUGAUCGCGACAAGCUCUGGGACGACCAUAUCGACAAUCCUUAUCAGCCACCUGUACCUACUCUUCCGCAGUCGGCGUGGAAGUACGUACCGACAGCCGAGCAAGAUCAGGCCACGCGCAACCCUCGCGCGUUGCGCAUGCGUACCAGCCGCGGUGGACGUGCAAUGCUCGAUAGGCGCACUGAGCCGAGGAAGAUCGACCUCAAGGCAUGUCGGUCCAGUCUGUUCGCGCCUCCGUCGGACGAUGAAUCGGACAAGACCGACCCCGAGGACGUGUCGAUGGACGAGGAGAUCCGCGCGUUGGAGGAACGCUGGCGCUACGACGAGGACGAUGGACCUGUCGUCGGCGCAAUGGGAUUGGCCGAGCAAGACCGCGUGCUUGUCGACGACUACGAUCCCAAGUACCUGAAGACGACGAUGUCGUUGCUGGGUGCGGACUCGGACGUCAACAGCCUCGCUCCUGAGCAGUGCUGGCACUACACCGACCCGCUUGGGCGAGCUCAGGCGCGGCACCAUUUGCGUCUCAUCCUGCCCAUGAUGCGCACGCAGAUGCGUCCGCCGCCGAGGCCGGGCAUGAUUUCGCAGACGGCGCAGCAGCAGGCGGCAGCGGCGGCGGCGCAGGCGCAGGUCAACAUCUCUCAGGUCGCCCAGCAGGCGCCGCCCAUCGCGAUCUCGACGCCGCAGCGGAUCCAGCCCGCUCAGACCCAGCAUAUGCGCAUCUCUGCUGGUCGUACGCCGUCGCAGACCUCGCCUCCGACGUCCGCGCACUCGGCCACGCCUUUGAGUGCCCAGCAGGGGUCGCCGAUCGCUCCGCAGCCGACGCAUCUGCCGAACCUGGCGCCUGCACCGUCGCAGCCGGGUACGCCGCGGAGCGCCUCUGCUGUGAGCCAUGCGUCGCCGCCUAUUCCUUCAGCGUCUGCACCGUUGCCAUCUGCCAUGCCUCAGUCCGCGGCUGCUUCUCAAGUCGGCGCCACGAUUCCCAUAGCUCGCUCUGCGCCGCAAGGCAUCCCCGCUUCUGCCCAGUCCGCUCCAGCUCAACCACACGCGGCUCAGCCGCAUGCGAGCCCUGUGCAGCAUCAUGUACAGCACCAGCAGCAGCAGCAGCAGCAUCAGCCCCAGCUCCAAGCUCAGCACCACCAGACUCAGCAAGCGAGCGGGAGCGCACAACCGCAUGGAACCCCGCUUCAGCUGAACCACGCCAUGAUGAAUGGUCAGGCGGAUGGCGCUCAUGCGCAGAUGGGCGCUGCAACUGGAGGUCAGCAAGCACAGAUGAGUGUGCAGAUGAAUGGCGGGCAGGCGCAGGCGAAUGGUCACGGCGGUUACACGCAGAACAACGUGCCGUAUUCGACCAUGCAGCAGAUGAUGCACAACAACCUAACGGGGCAGGGGCUUACGCCUCAGCAGGCGCAGCACUUCAAGACGGUCUUCGCCCGUCAGGGCCACCUGCAGCACAUGCAGCAGCAACAGCAACAGCAGCAGCAGCAACAGGUGAAUGGGCAUCAGGCGAACGGACACCAAAUGCAGCAGGUGCAGAUGCAGCAGGCCAAUGGACACCAGAUGCACCAGCACCAGCAGCAACAAGCGCAGGCGGUGCACCACCCGCAACAGCAGUACCAGAUUAUCAGCACACACAACGGCCAGCAGUUCGUUAACGGCGCGCACCAGGCGCACGCGGGCCAGCACCAGCAGCAGCUCCCCGCGCCUGGCACCCACCAGCUACCUGCGUCGUACAUGCACCUCGCGCCGCAGGGUACGUCCUUCAGCAACGCGAUCCCGCUGCAGAAUGGCAGCAUGUCCCUCAAGCUGCCUUCCAACCGCCAGACCCAGUGGGUGCACCAGCGACCCGGCUCCGCGAUGAACGACCCGUCCGCGGCGCGCCCGUCCAUGUCGCCACCGAACCCGUCGUUAGUAUCCCAGGGAUACGUGCACAACGUGAACCUGAACCACCCGCCGCAACACGGGCCCAUGCUGCCGCCCACGCAGCCGUCGUCGGGCAUGGCGAUGCGCAGCCAGCAGGGGCUGGUGAACGGUCUUAUCCCGUCUCCGCCGAAGCAGCACGCCACGCCGUCGCCGAUCCCGAGCAUCGCGCAGGCGCUCACGCCGCCGCGGCCGAUGUCGAACCCGGGCAUGGUCAUGCUGUCGCCGGCGCAGAUGGGUGUCGUUGGGAGCCAGCAGGGAGGGUAUUGAGCAACGAAGGGGCCACUGAGCAGCGGGUUGUAGAGGUGUCUGAGGGAUAUUCUGUAAUUAUGCGAACUUCGAUUUUCUUCGCGAACGUUUACGCUUGUGGCUCGUAGCCAUCUUCGCUACCUUUCACUGUUAUUCGAGCGGGGUUAUAAGGACCUCUGCUCUUUGCGUACUCAUAUAUUCAAGUGUAUAAUAGAACGAAUCGGAUAUACCAUCUCUUGUGGAAUUUGACUGACGAGUGUACAAAUGGAAGACGAGGUCA